AUGUUCACCCGAGUUAGAUCUAUUGUUUUAAUUCCAUUCAUUAGCUACUCUUUUCUUUAAGCUUAGUACAGGGGUAAUAAACAUUCGUCCCGUCAGCCCAAUUUAGCGUUCUGAGAAAGUAACCCUUUUAUUUUGAAAGCCAAGUAAUUUUAAAGUAAAGAAAAAUGUUCCAGUUGUUAACACUAAACAGGCAAAUAAUAUCCCAAUAGGUCUGUUUCUUCAAAUUCUUGGUGCACAUCAUGACCAUAGUUCCUAGAUCUACUACCAUCCACGUUUGCCAAAUUAUUUUGUUAAGUUGAAUUUAUUUGCAUUCACGUAGAUUCUGUAUGUUAUCAUUGUAAUUGACUGCCUGACAUCAACAAAAAUUUUCAACAUAGGUCUUUAGACAACAUACUGUCCAUUGCCUGGGAUAAAUAAAAAAAAAAAAGAAAGGUCCUUGGCCUUGCGCCAAGUCCAAUCUAUUAUUAUCUCAGGCGGGUCUAAUGUAGGAGCGGGCUCCGCUAGUCUCGUGUAGCAACACACAGUCGCACACUUGCUUUGUGCUGUCUGGCCUGUGCUGAAAUCGAAGUUCCCUAGCCGUGACCUAGAUUUUUUUUUUCUGCGCGCUCUCUCUUCUUUCACAGUCCGUUCUGAACUUCAGUAAACGUAGGCCAAUCCUAAACCUGUAGCACAUAAACCACUGAAGCACUAAGACCCUUUUUUGUUUGUCAAGACGCAUUGAGAAGGAAAUCGCGGUUCGUGUGAUCGAAAAUACAAUCAUUUUAUUGACAUUCGCUGUCUAGGUCGCGUUGUAGAUCUGAUAGCUAGUAAAAGAAGAUAAUGUCAGAACCUGACCCUAAAUGUCCAACUGAAGACGGGGAGCACACAGAUCAGGAUUUGCCGAAAACAGUAACAGAUGGUAGUGAUGAUGGCGUAGAUGGGGAAGUUGAAGAUGAAGGUCAGAUAAGUGGCGAGGGUGUACACAAAUCUACUAAUAAGAAACGAAAAUCCGUUUCAGAAAAAGACUCUAACAGAGAUGUAGAUUCUAAAAAACACAGAAACAGUUCAGACCGCAGACACCACCAUCAUCACCACCAUGCUGCUAACAGCAGCAACUAUCGAGAGUACAGGAGGAGGCGUUCUAGCGGCCACAGUGAUGGUGACCAAGAUCUUCAUGGGUCUGAUGAAGAUGGCAGAUUUGGUGGCAGUUUUUCCAGAAGACAGUCAAACUCUGCUGGUGACUCUCACAGUAGUGAGCCUUAUGAUAGGAACACUUCUCCCAGAAAACAUCAGGAGAGGGGUCAUCGCAGUCAGAGAUCAAGAAACAAUGUGGAAGAUGCACCAGGGGCUUUGAUAGAUUCUUCUGAAGAUCCUCUGUCAGUAUCUGGCAGUAGCAAGAAAACGUCACGUGCUAAAAAAGACUCCAGAGUUCCACAAUUAGAGACAGUUUCAGAUAAAGGCGAGGCUGAAGAUGGUGAAAUUUUAGAAGACGGUGAACUGGAUGAUGAUGAAGAAGCUAAAGAUGAUGUAAAAAGCAGCAUUGAACACAGUAAAGGUGAUAAUGAAGGUCAAGAUGAACGUCGAGUUGAUAAGCAUGAUAGAAAAAAGUCUAAUUAUAAAGACAAGCGGAAACGUGAAUCCGAUGAUAAGCGCAAACAUAAAAAGCAUACAUCAGAAAAAAGUGAUAGUCAAAGUAGUAGUCAAGCUCCUACUUGGGGAUCUGGUUACCAAAGCUCCAAAUCUAAAACUUCACGCAGCAGCAAAUCUUCCAGUAGACAUGGAAGUCGUGGAAGUAAAAGCCAUCAAAGUCCUCCUGGUCCUUAUGACAGUCCAUCUCCUUCUACAGAUUCAGAAGAGGAGCCAUUAUCUAACAUGAAAGAGGGUUACAUCGAUGCUUCAGUUGCUGCUGACGAGAAAGAGGGUGUUUUCAGCAAUAAAACUAGUCUGAAAAAAAGGAAGCAUGACAGAAGUUAUGACAGGAGUGACAGAAAACGUAGCAGGAAUCCAGAAAACAAGCCAGAUGGUCCACCGAAGAAGAAAGCCUUGAUUGACAUGGCAAUGUCAGAUAGACCUGUGUGCAAAUUUUAUUUGGAAGGAAAAUGUGCCAAGGGUGGCAUUUGUCAAUUUAAUCAUGAUGUGGACAAACCCAAAAAAAUGGAAAUAUGUAAAUAUCAUCUCACUGUUAAAGGCUGUCAUAAAGAUAGGUGCCCAUACAUGCAUGAAGAUUUCCCAUGUAAAUAUUAUCAUACUGGUGCCAAAUGUUACUCAGGGGACAGAUGUAAAUUUUCUCAUGACCCUUUGACUGAAGAUACCAGACGAGCUCUGGAAAUGAGAGUUGCUGCUGAGGAUAUUAUCGAUGUGGAUGAAGAUCAAGAUUAUGACUAUGAAUAUAAUAGAUCACGUGACUUUGAAGGUCGCAACAGACCUAGCCUGCUUGGUAAGGAACAUGGUUCUCCACCAAUGAGACGAGAAGUAAAAAAGAUUCCAUCACUUUUUGAGAUAGAAGUCCGACCUCCUGGUCAGUCUCCUAAGCCUUCUCCACAGCCAGUCAGACCCUCAGGUUUCUACACAGAAACCAAUGCAUCACCUAAUCCAGGAAUGGCAAACAAUAAUGUUAGUGGCUCUAUGAGCCAACCCAAUAUGAACAUGAUGAACAAUGUUGGCCAACGUCCUAUGCAGUCAAACAGUCAAAAUAACAUGGUAGGACCAGGUCUGCUACAAGCUCCUAUGCAAGCACCUAUGAGGCCUGGGAACUCCAUGAUGAACAACAGACCCAAUAUGAUGAUGAACAAUCAGCAAGGUCGAGGUGGUGCAGGUGGCCCUGCUGUACAGUUUUUAGGCCCACAGCAAAUGAAUAACAACAACCAACCAGUUUUGAACAUGCUUGGUGCUAUGUUGGAAGCUGCUAUGCAGAAAGGUAUUAAUCCUGCCAACAUGGGAUCUACAGUUCAGCAAAGUAUGAACAUGGCAAUGAGUAAUGCAAAUAUGGGGAUGAACAUCCGACCUACAAAUAUGAACUUGCCUUCCAAUAAUAUGAUGUCUAAUAACAUGAACAUGAUGACAAAUAGCAAUAAUGCUAAUAGCUUAGGCCCAACUAUGAAUGGCAUUAGUCCUAAUGCUGGCAUUGGCAACAUGGGUAAUCUCAUGAAUAAUAUGGGUUCAAAUGCAGGCAGUAUGGGCAUGAACAUUAACAUGGGUCCCAAUGCCAACAUUGGUCUUAAUAACAGCAUGGGCAUCAUGGGUCCAAAUAACAUGGAUAACUCUUUGACCAAUAUUGGCCCUAGUGCUAUGAACAUAAUGAACAAUAGCUUUACUCAAUCUGAUGAGAGAAGUGAUAUUGGCAUGAUGGAUGUAGACUAUAGGAUAAAAAGAGAUCUUGAUGAAGCAGAAACCAAGGAUUUAAAUGAACUGGAUAAAAUAAGACGGCAGAUACAAGAGCAGAUCAAAGAAGAUGAGGAGGAGGAGGAAGAAGAUGGUCUCUCUAUUGAUAUCAAGAAAGAAAGUGUUGAGCUGAGCUCAGAUAGUUCAAGAGAUGGUCAACAAAAAGAAGAGAUGAAAGAAGAAAAACACAAUUCUGCAGAUCUAGAAAACAUUGAAGUUCCAGCUCACUUGCCUAAAACACAAAGGGAACUUUUUAAAAGGAUACAACUGCAGAUCAGGGAAAAAGAAAGGGAGCGCCAGGAGGCAUUGAAAGCAUCUGAAGAAGCUGAAAGCAAAGCUAAAGCUCUAGAUGAUGAUCCCUACUCAAGUGAUGAGGAUGCAGAGGAUGAGAAGAAACCAAAGUUAUUGGAUGUUUUGAAAAAGUUAAAUCAAGAGACUAUGCCAUCAGCUGCUAGUGCUGUGACAUCUCAAUCCACUGACACAACCAAUACUGUGACAACCACACCAACCACAGCUGCUGCACCAGCUUUUGAUAUCAUGCAGAUGAUAAAUGCCAUCAAAAAUCAGACCAGCUCUUCAGUAAUAUCCAGUCAAACUCCAGUAUCUUCUCAGUCCAUUAAGCCAAGCUUCUCUACUGAAGAAUCCAGGCAGCACAAGUUUUCAUCAGCUUUUUCACCAGCUUCUCCCCCGGGAUUCAAUUCAAAAUCUCCUUCCAAUGGAGAAAACAAUCUUCCAAGUUUUCCUACCUUAACAGUGGAUCCUCCAGUGGUGAAUGCUAUUCCCACCAAACCACUAAUUUACAGUGUGGUCAAAAUUUCAAUUGACUUUCCUAAACCAUACACCACAAUUCCAAGUGAUUUGGAUACCUCUGAUCCUGUGUUUAAAAAUGACCCUAGGAUUAAAUUAUAUUUGCAACACAUGGAAAAACAGAUGCAGGAGCAGCCCAAGAAACCAGCAACAGAUGUAGACAAAACGCAGAAACUAUCUGAUCCACGACUUAAGAAAGCCCUUGCUGAUCCUAGACUUACAAAAGCUGGGGAUUCACCCAAGGGAGAGGGGUCAAAACCUGUUGAUCCAAGGCUUCAAAAACUUCAGUCUGCUUCACGUUCUGCUGAUCCUAGAUUAGCAAGGCAGGUCUCAGGAACUAUGGAUCCUAGAUUAAGUAGACAAAAUAGUCAAGAAAAUAGUUUUAUGGCUGGACCAAUGGGAAUCAGUGCAGGGAUGAUGGGUAAUCAAAUGACAGGGAUGAAUAUGCAAAUGGGUGGACCAAUGAGAGGAGCAUUUAACCAGAUGGGUGGUGCCAUGAUGGGUUUAAUGAACAACCAAAUGUCUGGUCCAAUCAACAAGCAGAUGGUAAACCAAAUAGGUGGCUCCAUCAAUAAUCAGUUAGGUGGUCCUAUGAGUAACCAAUUAGGCGGUCCUAUAAGUAGUAAUCAAAUGGGUGUCUCUGUGAAUAAUCAAGUAGGUGGUCCUAUGAGUAAUCAAAUGGGUGGCCCCAUGAAUCCAAUGUUAGGUGUUCCUGGAAGACAAAUAAAUAUAAUGGGAAAUAACAACAUGGGUGUUAUUGGUGGUCCUGUGAAUAACCAGACAGGAGUCCUAAAUAAUUUUAUAGGUGGCUCUGUUAACAACCCAACAGGUGGAUUAUUAAACAAUGCUAUCCAAGCACCUGCACCCAAUAUCAACAGACUUCAGAAUAGCCUUCCAAAUAAUGAUGCUUCAGGUCUUGAUCCAAGGCUAAAGAGAGGGUCCAUUGAUCCUAGGGGUGCAGCUGAUCCACGACUUAAAACAGAUCCUAGAGAACAAAAAAUAAACUUAAAAGAUCCUCGGUAUAGAGAUCCUCGAUCAUCAGCAGCAGGUUCUCCAAGGAGUGAUGACCCAAGACAAGGAGCACUGACAGAAAAUGUUAAAAUUGGUGGGGAUUUCCCAACAGCUGGAAAUAACUUUACUCAAAAUAGAGAUGCAGGCAACUGGCAAGAAGAUAGUGAAAGUUUUCAGUGGCGUGCUGACAGUAAGAAUGAUAAGCAGGACAUUGACGAGAGGCUAUCUCCCUCUGUCCAGGAUAUGGAAACUGAUUCUCAAAAACAGUCUAACAAAUUUGACUAUCGGAAUGACCCUCGGUUCAAGCGGGUUAAGCGUUACACAGGGCAGCGAUUAAAUAGCAUGGACUAUAGCUCUCCACUUGGUGGGGAUGAUAUUCAAGAAGUGGGUGAGCAAAAUAGUAGCUACAAUAGCUACAACCGCCCAAAGGUGUCCACAGCCAAUAGAAACAUUCCUAGCCCUGUUCUUCCUGAUACAUUAGAAGACUUUGAUCUUCCUGAAUCCCCUACUUUGACUGUUGCUGAACCUGACGUACAAGUGAAGGACUUAUUCAAAGCAAUAGACCCCACAGCCUCUCCAUUUUGUUAAAUAGAUGAUAUUUGUUCUUAUUCUCAACUGAUACAUAUCUGUGAGCUCAAAGUUAUGAACAGUGAACUGACAGUAUCUGUAUAAUAAUAUUGUAAUUUUAUGGAUGUUAGUUGUGACUUAUUAUUUAAAAAAAAAGCUUUUUUUUUUUUAAUUUUUUUUUUAACGUCUUUCAGGUUAAGAGUGUGUGCUGUAGCAAAAAUCUCUUCCAUUAUAUGUCCUUCCUCGGAUUGAUUUUUGAGUAAAUCCUUUCUCCAGUUAUCUUCCUAUUAUUAUUUUCUUGACUUCUGUUGUUUCUAUUGUGUCUGAUUGCUGUGAUCUUAUUUCAAUGAGAAUCUAGUACACACUAUCCAAUACUAAGGUAUUUAGUGUACAUAGUUUUCUUUGUGAAUAAUGCAUUGUAUUGAAAUUUAUUUAAGAAUCACAACCAGGGCUUUCAGUUUGAAUAAUGUUAGACAUAUGAAGUUGUACUAGAAAUGACCAUUUUUAGCCUUCAUGCUAUAUAUUUAUGUUUAUGUAUACAAGGAAAUAUAUUCAAAUGGCAGUUUCCUAAAUUGUACUUCAAACUAUGAUGUAUCUUUUGUUCAACAAUGAAAUCAAGUGAAUCUUUUUAGAUCUUUGCAUAAAUAACUGCUGCUAUUGGAUGACUCAUGUCCAUGUGAUUACUUGACACUAUUUAGAAAUACAAAAGUGUGCAGAAUGGAUGAAGAUGUUUUUCUUUGCUCUAACAUUAUGAAGGUGUCUGUAAGUUUGUGAACUAUUGCAUGCUGCCUAGACUGUUGUAAAUAGUGUAUAAAUAGUGAGACCAAGUAGUGCUCAACUACACAACUGCUGUACAGUGAGCUCAUUAGAUGGUGUCCAUACCUUGGUUUCAUGUAGGAUUCUUUUUGUUCAUUUUUUUUGCAUACCAUACUUCAUUACAGACAUUGAAAUAGA